AACCUGACGUCACUUCCUGCUCUGAGCUGCAUGAUGGCGGUGUCCAUGGCAGAUCUAGCACAUUGACUUAUCCAGUCUACCAUCUUCAUAUACCACUCCGGAGACAUCUGUCAGUGGAUGACCUGAACUGAAAUCAUCGUCACUGAAUAAGUGAAUCGCAGACCAUGGCGCUCCACAGACUGUCCUUCAGACUACGACAAACGGUAACGCAUGUAAGGUCCCUUCACACCAGUGUAUAUGGCCAGCAGCAUGAGGCUGUGGCUGUACAGUCAGAACCUCAGCCCUUCUCAAUUUUCCGAGCACAGGAGAAUGAUCCGGCAUUUCAGUCAGAGAAACAUAUCGGACAGUAUUACACGCUGCCCUCUGAACACAUCAGCACUGCGUUCCCUCGAAGUCUCCCAACACGCUUUCAAGAACAGGCGAAGACGUUUAAUGAAGCCUGUGUGAUGGUGAGGCGGCCGGCGCUAGAAGUCAUCUCUUACCUGAAGAAAACGGAGCACAGCAAACCCUCGCUGCGAUAUUUAUUCUAUGGGUUGAAGGGCAGUGGGAAGACGAUGUCUCUCUGUCACACAGUCCACUUCUGCUACUCACAGGGAUGGCUGGUGCUGCAUGUUCCUGAUGCUCACAAAUGGAUGAAGAACUGUAAGGAGCUGAUGCCCUCAUCCUAUAACGCUGAUCGCUAUGAUCAGCCUUUCCAAGCCAACGAAUGGUUACGCAGCUUCAGAACCACCAAUGAGCCCUUCCUUUCAAAGAUAAAGACAAAGCAGCGCUAUGUGUGGACAAAGAGAGAGUUCACCGAGGAGGGAAGUACCCUCGGACAGCUGGUGGAUCAGGGUAUAACUCGUGUGAAGACCAGCAGUGAUGUGGUGGGGGCGGUGAUGAAGGAGCUGAGGCUGCAAAGCGGGCAGCCAGAGUCAGACUUCCGCCUGGCCGUGGCUGUGGAUGGUGUCAACGCCCUGUGGGGAAAAUCCACCAUCAUGAAGAAGAAUAAGAGUUAUGUAAAACCAGAGGAGCUAACUUUGAUUUAUAACCUGAGGAAGUUGAUAACGACCAACUGGACUGGAGGCGCCAUCAUCGCCACUCUGUCUCAGACGGGGUCUCUCUUCACGCCAGUAUCUGCCUACAUGCCUCAUGAGCUGCUGGGAGAGAGCGGGUUUGACAGCAUUGACCCGUUUGUCCCGAUGUCGGUGCCCAACUACAGCGAGAAGGAGUUUGAGAGCUGUUACCUCUAUUUGAUAGACCGCCAGUGGCUGCAGCAUCCACAGAGUCAAACCGAGGAAGGAAAGAAAGAACUCAUCUUUUUGAGCAACAACAAUCCAUCGAUGUUGGACAGAAUUUCAUCUUUCCUAUGAAGCGCACGCACACACACACACACCCAAAUAUCAGUGUCCUAAAUACAUGAAUAUACAAAUAAUGUCCAUGGCUGUAAUAACUGCAAUUUAUGAUGCAUGUGUGUUUCUUUGAUAAUAAAAUGUUGAAUAAAGUAAAAAUUAAAAAA